GUCACGUGACGUGACUUCCGGCUUGUUGAAAAUCCAACAUGGCGGUGUGCGUAGCUGUCAUAGCGAAGGAGAAUUACCCUCUGUACAUCCGGAGCGUUCCAACGCAGAGUGAGCUGAAAUUCCACUACACAGUGCACACAUCACUGGACGUUGUGGAGGAGAAGAUCUCCGCAGUUGGUAAAGCCAUUGCUGAUCAGCGAGAGCUCUACCUGGGACUGUUGUACCCUACAGAGGACUACAAAGUAUACGGCUAUGUGACAAACUCCAAAGUGAAGUUCGUGAUUGUAGUGGACUCGUCAAACACAUCGCUGAGAGACAAUGAGAUACGAAGUAUGUUCAGAAAAUUGCACAACUCCUUUACAGAUGUCAUGUGCAAUCCUUUCUACAACCCUGGAGAUCAGAUUCAGUCCAAGGCUUUUGACAGCACGGUGUCAUCUAUGAUGGUGCAGUCUUCCUGAAGCUGUAUUUUACGCUGUUGUACAUACAGAAGCUUGUGUCCCCGUUUCUGCAUCUGUGUAUAUGUCUAUUGUAUAAAGUUAGAUAUUUUCAAUUAAUAAACUGAUUUGCCAGACUGCAAGGAAA